CUUUUGCACAUUAUGCGAUGCCACACCCACUCUGUAUGUGUCAUGUUCAAGGUUCGUAAUGGGCAAAAUCCGGGUCGAGUCAAAAUGGGCAAUGUUGACUUCUCGGAGAGAAAUCCGAUCUGCAAAAGGGCCUAAUUGCCCUAAAAGACCCAAAUGGGAGAUUCCCAGUCAUUGGCGCCGUUGGGAAGUGCCGUUCCAAUGGGAUUUCCAAUUCCAGCAUAGGACAAUUCGGUUCGCAAUCAGGCCAUGGGUCGCAAGGCUUCAAGAUGGCUGUCGUCUGAUCGAUGGUGGGGUUGAUGGAGUGGCCCGCACAAGCCAACUGAGGAACAGGGAGCUCUGCAGUCCAGAUUCCUGGAAAUCGAUCAAGGGUCUAGAACGUUUAAACGUCUCCGCCCUUCUCCUCCCAGUCCCCGCAAGUCACGUCACAAACAAGGGUCUGUUCUCGGCACGAUAUUUCCAGAGGAACCUGCAAGUCAACAAAUUCCAUCCCAUCCUAACCCAACAUCUUCAUCUUGAGCCGAAUGCGAACAACUCCGGACCAUACGGAGUACAUACCUACCUGCCGUCUGAACCUGCUGGAUCGUGUCCCCCCUUCUGUCAAAUUCAACUCCGGCACGUGGACUGUUGAGGACAAGUGCGGUUUACGAGGCUACGGCCAGCGCCCACAGACAAAAGGCAAAGCCAAGCUCCAACAACACACCUGCGCUGAGCCAAGCCUUGUGGGGAGCUGUCGCAAAAGCGCUCGACACCCAGUCAUCGCCCAAAACGCCAUAGCCUUGCUGCAAAAAUCGUACGUUUGUCUGAGAGGAGUCUGUUGGUGUCAAGCAUUUGCGGUUUCAACAGGGCACAUCGGCAGCACCGACUACGGAACCGCUGUUCCAGCUGCUGCGCUAUUGAACUUUGGACCAUCACAAACCUCGCGGCCAUUUUUCGGUGGAUAUCGCGGCGUCGGCCUUUGUUUCUUACCAAAACUCACUCACUCUACAAUUUCCUGAUAUCAAUACCGAACAUGGCGUCGCCGAACUCCCCACCCGAGAACGGUGCCUCCGAGACGGAGCCGCCUCGGAAUGAGAAUUCGUCAUCUUCGUCGUCGUCGUCGCCGCUCCCCUCAGCGUCGGUUGGUGAGAACUUGGCGCAGGAAUUUGUCCACAUCCGCUCUUUACAUCCGAAAAGCUUCGGCACUCCAGUCCAACUCCUGGCCACGAGGGAGGAAGAGAAACCACAGUUCAAGGACGACGAGAUCAGUCUUUACUAUGGCAUAUCGCCCGAUCUGGACGGUGGUCCCGCAGAGCACAGAUCGGGCGAGCAGACUGCCACGGCGUUGGAGAACGACCUGACCAAGUUAGAAAGCAAGUUGGAUGAGAUUUUGGCCUCGCUGGGGGUCAACAUUGACGACCUGGAGGAGGGGGAGGACUCCACCAAGGCCGACAAGAAGAGCAACGGGGAGGUCGACGGCAAGAAGUGA